CAUAUCGUACACUUCAGCAUAAGAAAUUGCCGAUACUAACUACGUAAUACCACUGUGCCCUGUGCUGACAGCGCUCAAUACAAACUCAUUCGUUUUGUUCAUUGAAAUACCUACAAUCAAAGGAAUCCAAACAAUCGAAUAUUUUCCAAAAACUACAUGGGGUGUUAAUUAAAGAUGAAACUCUUUUAGUUUACUCAUUUACCGGUUAUUACUCUUUUUCAACAAAUAGAAAUUACUUUCACUCUACACUUUCUAAUGUGUUACAUUACGAGAAAAUCUCUCUAGCUUUAUAAAUGUUCAAUAAUAAUUACAAUAAUAUAAGUAAAUUAUUUUUUCCAGGAAAACUUCAGAUAAAUUACAGUGCCAUCUAUUGCUCACGAUUUAAACUAUCUACAUCUCAUUCAACAGACUAGCGCGCUAUUUAAAACUCAAUGCACAAAACUAAUCAAUAUCUCUUCAGAAGUCGUCAGUCGUCCACAUUAAAAAUUCAUUGUGAUAGACUUACUAAUCACAUAACAAAUGCAAUAUACAAGUGAUUGAAAUGUAACCAUAAUCAGUUUGCAAUUUUAAAUAAAUGUAAACGUUUACUUAAAAAAAAGAAAGAAUUGAACACUGUUUUUGCAAAAAAAAAUACUUUUACAAAAAUGCCGUAAGCCAUGCAGUAUAACCGAAGAUGCCCAAAAAAAUCAAGUAUAAUGUAAUAUUUACAACAGGAGAGGAUCAAAAAUAUAAAAGUAGCGAGUUAAAUUCACACGGUCCUACGGUAAGGGGCUGGCAAUCACCUAAAAAUUGCGAUUAUCCCCAAGAAAUAGUAUUAAAAUUGGCAAAACAGUAUAUUGUUACUAAAAUACAAAUGCUAACCCAUCAAUUUUUGAUUCCAUCUAAGGUCGAAUUAUAUGCCAGUAAUCAAGACACCAAUACCGUAGACAACAUUUCUAACAUAAAAUGGGAAUAUUUGGGAUAUGUUACCUUAUCAGACAACCAAAGUACAGAUUUUAAAUGUAGAGAGCUUAAAUCAGUCAAUGUCCCUUCAGCUAUUGCGUCCUUUUUAAAACUAAAGCUAGGUAUCAACCACAAAAAUUUCCACAAUGUAUAUAACCAGGUCAGCCUUAUAGCAGUAAACGUACUAGGUCUACAAUUAGAAAAUAAAAAGCCUUCAAACCAUUGUGAGCUUAGCGAAAAUGAAAAAUUAGAAAAUUUAUUUAACGAUCCUGAAUAUUCUUCUAUUUACGAUGACCUAGCAUUUGAAAUGUACGUUGACACCGAGGUAGCUAGCAUCAUAAAAAAUAUGGAGAUAAAGAAACAUUUGGCGGUUAUUAACGAAAGAUUUGAGUAUGCAAGGAAGUUGAAAAAGGCGAUGGAAGAAUUAAGAAUUGGAGGAGAAAAAUUGGGAAAAUAUGAGUUGGAAAAACGCCACGCAAUUGAAAUGGAAGAUUACGAAAAAGCAAGAUUGAAAAAAAAUCAAAGCGAUGAUUUUCGGGCUGACCUCUAUAAAAAUUUAAAUAUAAACGAACUUUUAGAAAUUGAAGGGGUAUGUCCAAAAAACGACGAAUGUUUGGAAGAUGUCGAUUCAGCUAAAAAAUCUGUAUCUCCAACCCAAAUGAAAAUAGUAGCAGAAAGACAAUCAAGUUCUCCAAACACCUCACACAUAUAUCAUGGACCAGUAUCACCUCUCCAUGGCAAUAGAAAUCAUCAAAGUCCCAAGAAUUCAUCACCAUCGACGGGAAGUCCUACCAGUCUUCAAAGUAAAGGAUCUUUUCGUAGAAGGAACAAGUCUGCUGGAUCUAUUGUGAAAUCAACCUAUGAACAAUAUGAAGAGAAACCGUUACCAGCUUUAAGACAUUCUCAAACAAAUGAAUUCCUGAGAGAAUGUCAGUUAGAUUACGAUUACAAACCAACUUCAAAACUGACCGAAAGAGAGAAAAAACAAGCCGCACUACCAAUUUUAGUUUUUGGUGUUGAUCUGGUAGAAAAUUUCUAUUCUAAACAGUAUUUGGACAAAGAAGAAGGUCUAAACAGGUUAAAAGAAGAACUUCUAGCCUACGAUCAUACCAAAAUGCACACCGCUAACAAAACCGCAAGGGCCGCAAUAUUUCUAUUACACAGAGCGCUACGUGAUAAAGUUUUUACUAUUUACAACCUUGCUAAUGAAGUUAUCAGAUUAUUUUUCAUACAGUUUGUUCCUGAACGAGUUUCAUCGGCUGAAGUUGCCAGAAGUGUAGACAAACUUCUUCCAGAACUGCUGACGAAAAGUGGAGACACCAGUACAAGAAUUAAUCAUAUGGCUGUCCACACAAUAUUAACUAUGGCAGAUUGCAGUAGUGUCCGAGAACUUCAUAUAAUUCCAAUACAUCUUAGUAGACCUUUAAGUAGCAGCACACAUCCCAGAUUAGCUCUCAGCAGGGCUGAAAUGGUCGAGCAACUGAUCAUAAAUCACGGAAUAUCUACUGAAAAAAAUAGCGGCUUAACAUGUAGAACAUUGGCAGAGUUUGGUUCAAGUGGUCUUCAUCACCCUGCAGAAGCGGUUCGCAAAGUAGCUGAAAGGAUUCUAGUGCUUGUUUAUAGAGUAAAUCCUAGGCUAGUUAGAAAACAGUUACCUCCAGACGACGAUAUUACACGCAGAAACUUGCUGUAUAGGCAGCUGUUUCAAGAAUUCGAUAAAAUUGACCUACAGAGGAAAAAAGAACAGUUGGAAAGAACUCGUCUAAUUCAGCAAUGUGCUGCAAACAGUACGUGCUUAAGCCCAGAACCUAUUAUAGAUGUAAACAGUCUCAACAAAUCCGCAAGUUCGAAAAAUAUUGUAGCUGCCGCAACCGAAUUCGAGAAUAAUGUUCUAAUUUCUAAAAGUUUGAGUGGUGGAAAUUUAGUCCAGAACAGCGAAAAAACAAAAGCAGACAUAGUUGAAAAAAGCAGCAAUAGUUCAAUUAGUGGCGUCUCUACUCCUAGCAAUCAUUCAAAUCAAGAAGACACCGAAAAACAAUGCAUAUUCUGUCACCAACCGGAAACAGAAAUAUUGAAUAUUAACAAAUCGCUAAACUCACACUACUGGCGUUCCUGUCCAAUGUUAAUACGUUGUCAAGAAUGUAGUCAAGUUAUAGAAGUAGCUACUUUAUGUGAACAUUUAAUUAUGGAUUGCGAACAAAGGGAACACUACACUCAAUGUUCCCAAUGCACUGAAGCUGUGAAAGUAGCAAAUUUUGAAACACAUUCAAAAGAAUGUAGCGAAUUAACUGAAGCCUGUAAUCGAUGUCCUCUGUGCCACGCAAAUUUAGAAGACCAAGAAGAAAUCUGGAGAAAACAUUUAAUGGGUGAUAAUCCCUGUCCAAUGAAUAAAAGAAUCAAGAAUCAAGGCAAGCAAGUUACGAUACAAUUCUAAGAUUGUUAUUUAUUAU